UACACACCAAUCCGCAACACUGAAGUUCUGUCCAACCCGAUCAUCCUUCCAUGUCAAUAUGCCGUCCGGAAAAUGAAAUCAGGCGACUACUGCGAACUCUUCUACUUCACAAACAGCGGCUUAGAAGAAGCUUCUUGGAACACCUUUACAGCUGAUGAAGACGCCCUAAUAAUGCUACCUACUGCUGAUGGAAUGCACAAGUGGAUUCCGGCCGGUGCCGCUCGAGAUCCCAAAGCGCAGAUAGUAAAGGAUGAGAACCUUACUUGGGAGCAAUUUAAUGAAGCAGCGCCUCGAAUGAUUGUACUAAUGAAAGAAAAUGACUGGCCAGAUGAUAGGGUAGCCAUGCACGUCUCAUUUUUGUCCGCAUUACAAAAUCAUCGCUGGAGACACGAUUUCAAUACUCAUAAACAGCGAGCGCUAUUGCUAUACCAAGCCCAACAGCGGCGACACUGGCAUCUUUCAGUAGGCAAUUCGAACAGCUGGAGCCUAGCUAAGAUCAAUCAAGAUCUGUUAGACGAGGCCCAAGAAACAAUCUUCAACCAAUUUUGA